AUGUUUGUUAGUCCGCUCUCUUCAGCCGCCGAGAUGGAGGCGCCGCGGAAGGGACGGUCAGACGUCGAAUUCAUCGGCAUUUACACGGGUACCACCGCCGACCUGACGCCCGAAAUGCAAUUCGCGGGCCCUCCGAGCAGCAGGCCGUCGAUGGGGCCAAUCUCCGAUAAGCAGUCAACAACAAAUUGCUUCGCCACCACCUCCAAUUUCUACGGCAGUCGCAAGGAAAAUACCUCCCGGUAUCAGCCGAUCGAUGUAUCAGCCGACUAUCUGCUUUGCCCGCUGAUGGACUUCGGCGGUUUGCUGACCCCAAAAGAAGCCAACGCCGAGCAUAUUGUUUCUACCUAUUGGCAGCGUUGCUGCGUGAUCGAGGGUAAGCUGCUCGAGCCGGACUCUUGCCCGCUGUUCCGCCCGAUUCCGGCGUGUGGCGGGAGCACGGUUUUUGAGAAUUGUGUCGUCUCGGUGACGGGCCUCGACCACCCACUCCGCGAGCAAAUCAAGGAAUUUGUCGUGAAUUUCGGCGGCAUUUUCAAAGCGACAAUGUACGACAAUUCAAUGUGCAAUGAAUUCCUGAACCCGCACGUCUACAUUGGCAUCGACAGCGAAAAGGCCAAGAUGGCCGUCAAGUGGCCAAUCAAGGUGCUAGAUCCGGCUUGUCUGCUCGAGAGCAUCGUCAACGACACGCACAUCUUGGAGGCGGCGUAUCCGUUUGUCCCGAACUCGUUGACAAAGACUGAUGGUCCGGCGCGCUCCUCCUCGAGUUUGGAACUGAGCGUGCAAGUGGUGGACGAAUGUGCUGGACGCGAGUCGGACAUCAGGGACUCCUUGCCGAUGGCGCCCCGGGGGCCUGCUCGCCGAUGCUCGUCUCCGACCCGAGUCAUCGCCACCCAGAAGUUCGCCGCCGAGAGCACCAUGCCGUUGGCCAAAGAGGCCACCAAACAAUACACCAACGAGGCCGCCAUGGAGCUCAAGGAAUUCGGUCUUCCUGUAUUUGCCGUCGACCUGAGCGCCGAACCAUCUCCGAUGCCGGAUUUUGCCGAGGAUGGAGGAGCACUGGCCGAUGUAGAGCUGGAUAUGGAAGAGCGCCAAGUGCUGGCGCUGGUUGAGCAUGGCCCAAUCCCCGGCGUGAAGGUGCACGCCGGCGGCCGUCCGCCUCGCGUGGCCGGGCGUUGUGCCAAAUGCGAGAAGGAGAAGAAAGUCUCCAUGCGGUUUGGGCUCGAUUUUUGCAAACCCUGCGGCGACAUGACCAACUCGACGCGCGGAUCGGAGAAGAGCGAUGCGACUGCGCCGCCAAACUCGCCAAGCGAUUGCUAUACAGGUACCGAUACGCUGAGUGCUUCCCACAGCCCUGCAUUGCACUUCCCUGAUGCUAGCCACCGCCGUGCUGUCCCUAACGGCCACUCGACGCCAUUGAGAAAUAGCUAUGUGCAUUUGCCAAAGAUCGAUGAGUCGGCAAUCUGCGCUUCAUCGACCAACCGUGACCGUCACGAGCACCACGACGUGUCCUUUGACCUAUCCUCGGCAAUUGACGAAGCCGCCAACAAAAUCCGAGAGGAGAUCCGCCCGGAAUACUAUCAUGUGUUU